AUGAUUCGUGCUAUUGACACUUUUAAACGACUUGUUUUUAGUAGAAGGUCGUUCAGAAGUUAUGUUAUUAUCUGUUUCACUGCUAUAAUCGUGUUUUUGAUAUCUCAUACUGCUUAUAGUAAAGGUGAAAAUAUUCAGUAUGUCUAUGAUACUAUACAGGCUUCUACUAGUCAAAGAAAUAGUGAUAUCUUGAAAGAAUCCCUUUCUCAAAUUAAAAUUAAACCAAUUGAUGAGGUUCCAGUUACUCCCAUGGAAUUAAUCCCAACAUAUGAUGACAUGAUUGAUUUGAAAAAAGAUACUUUCUGGAAUCCAUUAACUAAGCAAUAUUACAAGAAAUUUGAAGAAUUAGAUCUAGAAAGUCGUUGUGCUUUUUACUUCCGUCAUUUAUACACAAUGAAUGAGAAGUGGUCUAACAGUUUAAGUACUGUCUCAUUCUUGAUUAAUGAUGUUGAUGAAAAGGCUUUGGAUAAGAUGAAGGAUAAACAUGGUAUUAUGUUAGCUGAUGAAGAAACCAUUAAGCUACACAAGAGAAAAAAUGACAUUGGUCUUGCUUUUCAAAGAUUAAGAUUGUAUGACACUUGUUUCCUUCAAAAUGAGGAUGUCAAUAUGGAAAGAAUUUUUAAAAGAGACGAUGGGCAUGAAUCUAAUAACAAUGAUGAAGCAGAGGAUAUCGAAAAAGUUUUGAAGAAGGCUGAUAACGAAUAUACUAAAAGAGAAAUUCAAGAACCACCAGAAUUAGAGUAUGAUCAGUAUGACUUUGAGCAUAGAAUGUUUCCAUUUUUAAAUCACUUUAAUAAGGAUAAUUUUACUACACUAAUUCCAAAAAUUACUAUGGUUGAUGGUAAGACAUUAGAAAAGGGGUAUUUGCCUAUAUUGAACCCUGACGAUGGGACAAUGACAGGUUCUAGUACUUUUGAAUAUGAUCCUACCAUAUCUUUCUGGAGUAACUGGAAUAAGAUGAGUGGUAUUGUUGGUAAACGUGGGAUUAUCUUAAGUUUUGCAGAUGGCCAUUUAGACUAUGCUACAAAACUGAUUACGACGUUUAAAUAUCAAGGUAACAAAUUACCAAUUCAAAUUAUCUAUAAGACUGGAGAUUUAAACUCUCAAACCAUCAAAAUUUUACAACGUGUUGCAACAGAUAUGGAUAUCGAUUAUGCAAAGAUUGAUACCGAAGACGAAAGAACACCAGUCCCACAACAGUUGAUUUUUGUAGACAUCACAGAUACAUUAAAUAAAGAUGUGAUAGGCAAUUAUAAAAAAUACAAAAACAAGUGGUUGGCUGUAACUUUUAAUUUAUUUGAAGAAUUUAUCUUUAUGGAUAUCGAUGCAAUCAGUUAUGUUGAUAUGAACUACUAUUUUGAAACUGAAGAGUACAAGAAGACAGGUACUAUAUUUUUUAGGGACAGAAUUUUAUUAUUCAAUACAGUUGACAGAUGUGUUCCUAUUUUUGAUACUCUACAGCCUAAGAUUAAAGAAGCCAAAUAUUUUGGUAACUUCCCAUUCAUCGAUAGAGAUUAUGUGACAGAUGAAUGUGAGAAAAAUUUGAGUGUUGAAGAAGUUAUCUUUAAAAGAUAUUUUGAUGAUCAUUAUCAACAUCAGAUGGAAGCAGGUCUUUUAGCAGUUGAUAAGACAAGACAUGUUAUUCCUAUGGUCAUAGCCUCGAUGUUGCAUAUGUCUAAAAAAACAGAAAUUUGUAACUACGGUGAUAAAGAUUUUUUCUGGAUAGGUUUUGUCGUUGCUGGCCAUCCUUAUUCAUUCCAUUCUGUAAAUGCAGGUACAGUGGGUAAGUAUGAAAGAAAAAAGAAGACUAGUACCACCGAAGAAGGUUCAAUAUGUGCUAUUCAAAUUGCCCAUAUGUCUCAUGAUGAUCAUCUUCUAUGGUUAAAUGGUGGUGCUAAUAAUUGUAAAGUUGACUCAGCCAAAAAAGAUUGGGCGCAUGAGAAGAUGGGUCCCUUUUUGAAGAAAAAGUUUAAAACAUUUGAAAGAUUAAAGAAAUGGUAUAGUGUAGACCCUAUUGAUACAGAAUAUGGUAUGGUUUCAGCAGACAGAUAUGAUGCAUGGGGUGGAUAUAUUGGUAACUGUAAAGGUUAUGUUUGGUGUUUACAUUACUCUAAAAAAUUGAAAGAUUUUAGCUUUGAUGAAACAGUUGAACGUGGUAGAUUGAUCAAUUUCAGUAAAGAUGAACAAGCACAACUUCUAGCAACUAACACUGUGUGGACUACAUUUAAUUUGACUGAUUAUAAAAUAAAUAUGAAGAAGGAAAGCAAUGAAAAAUCAAAGCUCAAAUCAAAUUGA